ACUUUCCAGAUAGGAAAGGUGAAGCCCAGAGAGAUUAAGUUGCACACCAGAGGUGACACAGCUAGUAAGUCGCAGAGCUCAGCCCUCCAACCCAGCUGACGGGUGCCACAGCUGUGACUGCGUGGCUGCAGCACUCCAUACACAUCACCCUCCCUAGAAAUGACACCAGGGCUGAGCAGAGUCACAAGCCACAGGAUCGGAGGGUCUGGAUGUCACCAAAAAUCUCCAUAAAAGAAACAUUUGCCCCCUCAAAACCCUCAAGCAUCAGAUGUUAAAAUAAUCCCCUGGUUUGUUCCCCGAAUUUCACAACUUGUCUUGCUGCUGCCUUUGUUACUGCAUGUCUCUCCCCUCAGGCUGCUUCCCCUUCUGUGUAUCCCCAGGACCCAGCACUGUGAAGGGAUAAAUGAACCGAUUCAGAUACAAUUCUGCUUAAUAUCACUCAUUCACUCAACAAAUCCUGAAAAGCACCUGCCUUGUUCUAAGCACUGUCUUUGUGAUGCUUACCAUCCAAUAAGGCAGGAAGACAUUAAAUAAUUAUGUAAAUAAACUCUAGGAAAAAAAACAACUACUAUGAACAGUGCCGUUAGGAAAAGAACGGGGUACUGUGAAAGUAGACAACAGAAGCCUCUAAUUUCAUUGGGAGGGUGUUGGUGGCGGCCUCCAGAUGGGAAGAAUGAAGGGGGGUGGGGGAGUCCUAGGAGAGGAACUUGUUUAUGCAAAUAUCCUAAGGAGGGAAUGAAGGAUAGUGAACGUACCUGGAGUACAGUUGAUGGUCUCAUCUUGUCAGUCGUGGCCUGUGCUUCCGAGGAUCUGCCUUCAAUCAGGAGAAGGAAGAGGGAGACACCCUCCAUGUGUACAGUUUAACCCACUUCUGACAAGGACAGGGGGAUGGGGCCACAGACCAGCCUGAGCUCGACUCCCUGAUGGAACAAGCUCUGCCCUCAGUAUCUCUAUGUCCAGAAAUCUUGAGCCUGGUCACUUUUCCUUGGUCCCGUGUAAUUCAGAGAACUAGUCACUGCAAGGCAUUCUGUCUGGAAGCAAUUGGGAUGGUUCCAGAAGGGUGCAACCAGGGCCAAGGCAGGAUUCCAGCAAAGAGGGCUUUGCAGAAGAUACCGUCUGUGUGGCCAUGGCUGUGGGCUUCACCCAGGAGGGCUGAGGUGGGGCCAGAGUAGCACAGAGGGAUGGAGACCACUGCCCACUAACGGCCGCCUCCCUCUUCCUUGCCGCCCUCCCCAACUCCCAGAGAAGGCCCCAGGGCACAGCGCUGGCUUGCUGCUAGAAACCUGAAGGAAGGAGUUAAGAAGGCCGGGCUGAUGGCCACAGAGACAGAGCUGUGUUUAUCCAGGAAAAGAGGCCUUAACCCAAGACGCUGGAUUUGGCCCCUCUCGGCUUCGUGGAAAUCGGACUUUCAGCACUCCCAGCCCACCGCAUGUGGCUCUUGGAGAAAGCUGGCUAUAGGCUAGGGGCCGCGGAGCCCGAGGCCCGGUGGGCGCCCUCCAGCCUGUUUCUUAAGCGCCGCACCCCGGGCUCGCUCGCGCGCACCUGCCCCAACGUCCUCACCCCCGAUUGCAUCCCGCAGUUCUUCAUCCCGCCUCGGCUCCCGGACCCAGGCGACGCCGAGCCCCUCGGCGGGCGCGACGCGGGCAGGCGCGGCCUCCCCUCGGCCUGUUCGUUGCCGCACCUGGCGGGCCGCGAAGGCUGGGCCUUCCUGCCCGAGAGCCCGCACACGCGGCGGCGCGAGUCCCUGUUCCACCGGCCGCCGGCCGCCCGCUCCGGCAGGCUGCCCCCGGCGCAGUCGCGGCUGCACGUCUCCGCCCCGGACCUUCGCCUCUGCUGGGCCCCCGACAGUGAUACGGCCUCGUCGCCCGAUUCGUCGCCCUUCGGCUCGCCGCGGCCAGGCCCCGACCGGCCCCGGCCGCCCAGGCCGCGCUCGCUGUGCCCGCAGGAGGCGAGCUCGGCAGACGCCAGCCCGCCCGCGCCGCGCCGCGCCGGGCCGCCCGCGCCGCCGCUCUUCCACCUCGACUUCUUGUGCUGCCAGCUGCGGCCGACCAAGGAGAGCGUGCUGCGCCUCCGGCCCCGGGGCGGGCAGCUACGGCUCUCCGCCGAGUACCAGGCCGGGCUCGGGAGGCUGCGGCUGCGCCUGGUGAGCGCCGAGGGCCUGCCCCUGUCGCGGGCCGGCCCCGGGAGCGGCGGCGGCGGCUGCUGCGUGGUGCUGAGGCUGCGGCCGCGCGCCCGACCGCAGGCCCUGCGGAGCCGCGUGGUCAAAUGCAGCGCCACCCCCAUCUUCAAUGAGGACUUCUUCUUCGAUGGGCUCGGCCCGCCAGACCUGGCCGCCCGAAGUCUGAAGGCCAAGGUGCUGGAUAGGGGCGCAGGGUUCCGCAGGGACGUGCUGCUGGGGGAGUGUGAGACGCCUCUUAUAGCCCUGCUGCCCCCCUUGGGCGGUGGGCUAGGUCCCGGGGCCUCCCUGGCGCCUGCCCAUCUCAGCCUGUAGACUGAGAGACUGUCUCUUCCUCAGGAGGUCCCCACCCGCUCUGCAGUCCUCAGUCUUUCCAUCUGCCCGGCAUGUAUUUAUUUUUGCUAAUAAAAUGUCUCUCUCUAGCA